AUGUUUGCGAGGCUUUAAAUGUGACAGUCUCUCCGGGACCAACAGUGCGAUACUCCGAGGGAGAUAAUGCUACCCUUUACUGCCACAUUUCUCAAAAGAGAAAGAUAGACAAUUUGCUGGCUGUGCGGUGGGUCUUCGCUGCAUCACCUACCCAGGAGUAUCUGAUGAUCAAGAUGACAAAGUUUGGGUCUGUCCAGUAUUAUGGAAAUUAUACUCAUCAUUUCCACAAGCAAAGACUUCAUCUUCUUAAAGAGAAACAUGGAACUAUGUACAAAUUUCUUAUUCUAAGCCUCCAGAAAACAGAUCAAGGACAUUAUAUAUGCAAAGUCCAGGAAAUUGGCAAACACAGGAAUAAGUGGACAGCAUGGUCAAAUGGCACAGCAGCUACUGAAAUAAGAGUGAUAUCAUCAAAAUCUUCUGAUGAUCCUACUUUCAAGAAAAAUCAUGAAGCCUGGAAGUUUUUUGAAGAUUUGUACGUGUAUGCAGUCUUUGUGUGUUCAGUAGGAAUCAUCAGUGUCCUCCUUUUUACACUUGUCAUUCUCUGUCAGUCACUCCUGAACAAGAGGAGAUCCACAGUGAAGCAUUACCUGGUGAAAUGCCCCCAGAACAGCUCAGGGGAAACAGUUACCAGCGUGACAAGCCUGUCCCCUCUACAGCCAAAGAAGGUAAAGAAAAAAAAAGAGAAAAUGAAAGUGGAGCAGCCACCAGCCAUCCCAGCAAAAGCUCCAAUAGCCAAUAAUUUUCCUAAGCCCAAGCUCUUGAAACCUCAAAGAAAAUUGAUCCUGCCAAAAAUCACAGAGGAGAAUUUAACAUACGCUGAACUUGAACUUAUGAAGCCGAUUCAGGAAGCCAAAGGCAUUCCCAGUACGACAGUCUAUGCACAGAUACUCUUUGAGGAGAACAAGCUGUAAUAGUUCAUGCCUGUAUAAAUGUCCUUUGUCUGUGUUCUAUUUAAUUCUCGCUGUGCUGUUUAUUUAUAAAAAUCAUACAAAUGUC